AUGUGCAUCAAUGGCAGCAGGAAACAGCAGGGUCCUCCACCAGGUCCUCCACCACCACAUCCACCCCUGUCUGGUGGUCCAAAUGACCCCCUGCCUGUUGCAUUGCACACCUUGCUGGCAAACUUGAUGCCAGAAGUUUUACUUGCUCUUGCGGCACGGGCUGUGCAGGGUCAGCCUCAACAGAAUCUGCCCUGUCAAAAUCACAUACCUCAAUCCCUGCCCCCCAGUGGACAACACACUAUCCAACUGGACUUAGAAACUGUGUCGGAUGUACAGGUGCUACGGGGUAUAUGUGAGAACCUCCAGCUUGAGGUCAAUCACCUGAAACGUGCUCACCAAGAUGAUGGUGACAAGGCAGAUGAUGAGGAUGAGCCUGUAGAUAAAGGUGUGCAUCAGAAGAAGAAAAAGAAGCUGGCAAAGGGCAAGAUACGGAUGUACCUUCUCAACCACCCUCUUCAAGAACUCUCAGCAGCCAAGAAGACUACAUGCAAAGAACUGCAGGAAUGUCUUGAUAUGGCGAUUUUCGAUGUUACAGGGACUUCCAUGGACAUGAUUGAGACUGAUGAUAGCGAUGGGGGUGACAGUGGAGAAGAUCCCGGGAUGCAAGCCAGUGUCCCAGGUAACCUUCAGUCAAACUGUUUGUGUCUUGCUAUUGACUCAUACACUUCCUCCCAAUUAUCUUAUUUCCAAUUUCCCGUCUCCCGUCUCCCGUCUCCUGUCUCCCGUCUCGUCUCGUCCCGUCUCCCGUCUCCCGUCUCCCGUCUCCCGUCUCCCGUCUCCCCCCGUCUCCCGUCUCCCGUCUCCCGUCUCCCGUCUCCCGUCUCCCGUCUCCCGUCUCCCCGUCUCCCGUCUCCCGUCUCCCGUCUCCCGUCUCCCGUCUCCCGUCUCCCGUCUCCCGUCCUCCUACUGCUCCAAUAA